AUGACCAGGGAUGAGAUCCUGGCGGAGGUUGCCUCUACGUGUGGUUGCUCGAUUGGUGACCUCAAGGCGGGCCAGAUUCGGUUUCCCUCGAAAAGAGCUGGCAUUGAAACCCUGUGGCUUCGUUGUCCGGCAGGGGUAGCCAGAAAAUUAGUUUUGGAGGGCAUCAGGAUGGGGUGGGCGAGGAUGACGGUCAAGUCGUUGCCUUGCCGCUCCAUCCAGUGUUACAGAUGUCACGCCUUUGGACAUACGUCUAAUAGGUGUCCAUCUGAGGAGGAUAAAACCUGCCACUGUUAUCGGUGUGGCAAGGAGGGACAUGUGGCUGCAGUUUGUACCGCGUCGCCUUAUUGUUCGGGAUGUGCGAAGGCCGGCAGGUCUGCGAAUCAUCGUGCGGGAUCUGGUGCCUGCAAGAGCAAGUUUGUUCCUCCUCGUAGGUUGGCUGGCGGUCGGGAGUCUACUCCCAGCAAACGACGGCAGGUCUCCGGGCGCCCGGAUUGGGUCUCACAGGAGAGAAGCCCGGUUUUGGGUACGAUCGGUAGAGUGGAGGAGAGGUUGAAUGUGUCGGCUGCCUCCACCUAUCCUCCGACGGAGUUGAUGUCGAAAUAA